AUGGGCAAAAUCAAAUCCAUCGAAUACUUCCGCGUCAAGCCGCGAUGGCUCUUUGUCAAGGUCACCGACGACGAGGGCCGAUUUGGCUGGGGCGAAGGCACGUUAGAGGGUCAUACCCAAGCUGUCGAGGGCGCGCUUGACGAGAUCAUCGUGAGGCUUGUAGGGUUGGAGGCGGAUGACAUCGAACACAUCUGGCAGCUUGUCUGGCGUCUGGGCUUCUACCGCGGAGGGCCCGUGUUUAUGUCCGCUAUCUCAGGUAUCGAUAUUGCAUUGUGGGAUCUCAAAGGUCGUACGCUGGGCGUUCCCGUGUACCAGCUUCUUGGAGGAAAGGUGCGGAAUAAAGUGCAGGUCUAUGCCUGGAUUGGGGGAGAUCGGCCGAGCGAUGUCGAGGUUGCAGCAAAAGCACGGAUUGAGCAAGGCCUCAAAUGCAUCAAAAUGAACGCCACCGAGGAUGUGAAUUGGCUCGACGGGCCAGCCGUGUUGGACUCGUGCGUUGAGCGCCUCAAGACAGUCAAAUCACUCGGCCUCGACGCAGGACUAGACUUCCACGGCCGACUGCACAAACCCAUGGCAAAGCAGCUGGCCAAGGCACUGGAGCCGUACCGCCCGCUCUUCAUCGAGGAGCCGCUGCUUUGCGAGCACCCUGAAGCACUGAAGCAGCUUUCCGGGCUGACCACGAUUCCAAUUGCGUUCGGAGAGCGGUUGUUCACACGGUGGGACGUGAAGCGAUUCCUGGAAGACGGGUCAGUGGAUGUGUUGCAGCCGGAUAUUGCGCAUGCAGGCGGUAUUUCGGAGACGAGGCGCAUUGCGUCCUUGGCAGAGACGUACGAUGUGGCGAUCGCGCCGCAUUGUCCGUUGGGCCCGAUUGCGUUGGCAGCAUCGAUUCAGGUGGCCGUUUCGACGCCAAAUUUCGUCAUCCAGGAGAUGAGCCUGGGAAUGCAUUACAACGUCGAAGCCGGGAAUAUUGAUCUGAACAGUUAUCUGGUAGACAAGUCGGUGUUUGACAUCGCGGAGGGGUUCGUGAAAGCGCCGUCGGGCGUGGGACUGGGAAUUGAGAUUGACGAGGAGCUGGUGAGGGCCAUUAGCAAGGAGACGGAGCCCUGGCCCCCCAAGGAGUUUUAUGGACCAGAUGGAGCGAUCCGUGAGUGGUAGACUGUGAA